AGUUUAUUAAGGAGAGUUAGCCACGCCUUUCUUUCAAUCAAGAAAGGACACCAUGCCUCCAAAGAGAAGGAAAUUCGAUUCCAGGUUCCCAGCUGCUCGCAUUAAGAAGAUAAUGCAGCUUGAUGACGAUGUAGGAAGAGUAGCAACAGCUGUACCAAUCCUGAUAUCACGUGCUGUUGAGAUAUUCUUGCAGGCAAUAUUGACUAAAAGCAGUGAGUAUGCUGGAUCACGUAAUGCAAAGACCUUGACCGUUGGUCACCUGAAGCAUUGCAUUGAAAAGGAGGAGCAAUGGGACUUUUUAAAAGACCUCACUGCCAAGGUCCCUGAUGUUUCUGGCUGUAACGAGAAUGAAGAAUCACCUAAAAGAGGACGGAAAAGGAAGAAUAGCGCAUCAAAGGCUCCUUCUGGAUCUGGCAGUUCAAGUAAGAAAAAGUUAAAGAAGAAAGCAGAAGAGCCAGAGGAGGAGGAUGAAGAUAAGGAGCAGGAGAGCGAACAAGAAGAUGAGUCAGACACUAGUUCCCCUGCUUCAGCUCAAAGCAGUAACUCGACCAACAAGAAACCUUCAGUGGAUCCUUCUCCACUUGCCAUCCUACACAAACGACUUUCAGCAAACGUCUCCUCUUCAUCUCCAUCUCCUCCCUCCAGUUCUGCUCCUCCUCCUCCUCUUAGUACAACACAGUCUCCUCUCUCAGCUCUUGCUGCUAAACUCAAUUCAAAAGCCACGCCCAGUCCCCUUCUUGCAUAUGCUAGUUCUCUUCCUUCAGCUAAUGUAGCUGUUGCUGGUUUAGUGGGUGGGGCAACAAGCCAUGGCAACAGUGACGAGGAGGACUAUGAUGCAUGAAGUGGUUUCGUUGUUGUUCUUUCUUUUUGUUCCACUUUGAAAAAAAAAGAUUAUUAAAAAUUUAAA